UGGCAGUUUUAUAAACGCCCGAUCCACAAUGCUCCAGCUCAUCGGUUAAGUUUCAAGUUUCAAGGGCUCUCGACGUUCCACGCUGCCAUUGGCUGAGCCUGAUUUCUUAUAUUGCCAACCUUUUCCGAAACUCAACCGGGCUGGCAUUUCCUUCACCUCUCAUCCACACUUUGCCUUCCAUUCACUUUUGCAAUCCACCUCACCCGUUUUUUAACUUCUGAACCGGAAAAUGUCGCUGGCACAGCCUACAAAGGACGAAAUUACCACAGUAUUCAAGCAGCUGAGAUCCAAGCAGCCCGAAAACAAGGUUUGCUUUGACUGUGGCUCGAAGAAUCCGACAUGGUCGUCAGUCACGUACGGCGUGUACCUAUGCAUUGACUGUUCGGCCGUGCACCGCGGCAUGGGCGUCCAUAUUUCAUUCGUUCGCUCGACAGUGUUGGACUCGUGGACGUGGGACCAGCUGCGCACAAUGAAGGUGGGCGGCAACAACAAUGCAGCAGCCUUUUGGCGCCAGAACGGCGGCGCAAAGUUCCUGACCGCAAAGACCGGCAACGACACGAAAACCAAGUACACAGGACGCCAAGCUCAACUGUACAAGGCGCACCUGCAGCAGCUGGCAAAGAAGGACCUGCUGAGCUCGCAUGAUGGCCGUGUCAUAGUUGCAGGCGCAGAGGUGGCUGCUCCAGCAGCAGCUGAAGACGACUUCUUUGCGCGCGAGCUGUCGGCAAGCUCGUCUAAGGCCACGUCAGAGGAGCCCACUACAGGUCCAGUCCGUGGUCUGGCCCCGCCCACAGUCAUUCUCCAGGCCGACGAAUCGGACUCUGCGCAGGCCGACGACCAGGCCACAAGGGCCAUUGAGGCCUCCGCUGCUCCUGCUGCUGCGAAGCCCUCCACAGCACGGGCGCCUGUUGCACGAGUGAUCCAGCCCUCUACCACUGGGUCAGCUACCAAGGCUCGCACGGCCGCUCUGAAGUCGACACCAAAGUCGUCUGGACUAGGAGCAAAGAAGCUGGGAGGAGCCAAGAAACUCGGCGGCGCAAAGAAGCUGGGUGCCAAGCCCAUGGUUAACUUUGAAGAGGCUGCUGCCCGCGCCGAGGCUGAGGCUCGCGAGGAGGAGCGUCUGCAGGCGAUGCGCGAUGCGGUCACGGCCUCGCACUCAAAGGCUAAAAGCAGCGCCAGUUCAGCAACCGCCUCUGCGUCUGCAGCAACCACGGCAGCGAGUACAGCUGCUGCAAGUUCGGCUGCGCGGGGUGUCCAGGGCUCGAGCACAAAGGGCGAUGUGGAUCAGCUUUCCUCGGGGGUAAGCCGGCUUGGAUUUGGUGCCAUCGGCGGCGGAAACCAGUCCGGGACUGGCCUUGGAUUCGGAUCAUUCGGCGCAAUGGGUGGCAACAACAGCACAGGAUCGGCACAAGAGCGAUUCCAAGGGGCCAAAUCCAUCUCGUCCAGCCAGAUGCUCAGUGGAAACACACCCGCUGAGCCUGAACUCAGCUCGUCGACUGCACGCUUUGCCAACUCCAAGAGCAUCAGCUCCAGCCAGUACUUUAACCGCCCGCCGCAGCCUAGUGCCCACACACGGGCUGCUUCCGGCGAAAUCGACCUGCAGGAGCUCGGCGCUAAUGCGCGUGAUCUGGCUCAGCGGCUGCUCAACUCGAACGAGGCGGAUAACCUGCGGCGCAUGUGGGCGCAGGGCGCGUCCAAGCUGUCAGAGUAUCUAGAUCAGCUCCAGGAGCGGUAAGCGGCCCUAGUUCUGGAUAGCGAAGCCUUGAUGAAUAUACCUUUUGCCCUUUGCACCUUACCUGUUCUCCACAUUCCCUCACUGAAACACGUUCAAGUUUACACACCGCAUUUUUGGGAACGGCUU